AUGAGGAGGAAGGAUUUGACAACACAAGAAAGAACUUCAAUUCUUCAAACCUUGCUUUUAGAGUGCAAGAAUGGAAAGCCACCAAGAGGCAAGAUGAAAGCUAUGGAGGAGAAGUUCCAUGUCUGCCGGAAGACCAUUUCUCGCAUUUGGGCUGAAGCAAAACAUCAACAACAGCAAGGUCAGUGCAUAAGUUCACAAAGUAAGAAGAUAUGUAGGCCAAGGAGAAGAAGGGUGCACAUAGACCUAGAACUAAUUGCAAGUAUAGAGUUAACAAAGCGAUCAACAAUUAGAAGGCUAGCAAAAGGCAUAAACUGCAGCAAGAGUACUGUUGGGCGUUGGGUAGAUCAAGGGCUGAUCAAAGCACACACUAAUGCAAUAAAACCUGACCUUACAGCAGCAAAUAAGCUGUUAAGGAUGAGGUUUUGCCUCGAGGCAAUGGAGUAUGACCGGCAGCAAGAUGUAUUGAGGUUCAAGACCAUGCAUAACACUAUACAUAUUGAUGAGAAAUGGUUUUACAUAACCAAAAGUUCUCAAAGGUGGUACUUAACUCCAGCAGAGGCUGAGCCACAUAGAGCUUGCAAAAACAAAAAGUUCAUCCAAAAGGUGAUGUUUUCGUGCGCAGUGUGCAGGCCAUUGUUUGCUCAAGAUGGUAGUGUGUUGUUUGAUGGGAAGAUAGGCAUCUUCCCAUAUACAGAGAUGGUGGCAGCCAAGAGAUCAAGUAAAAACAGAGUGCUUGUACCUGCCAUCAAGGCCAAGUGGCCCUCCUUUUACAGCAAGGAUAUCUUUAUACAACAAGAUAAUGCAAGACCACACAUUAGAAAUGAUGACUUAGAGUUUAGAGAGGUUGCAUCAAGUGAUGGUUUCAAUAUCAACAUAAUUCAUCAACCUCCAAACUCACCCGACACCAAUAUCAAUGACCUUGGUUGGUUUAGGGCAAUUCAAAGCCUACAACAGGAGACUGCAUGCUUCAAUGUGGAUGAUUUAGUAAAAGCAGUGGUAUCUUCUUUUGAAGAACUAGACCCUAUGAUUUUGAAUUGUGUUUUUUUAAGCUUACAAGGUUGUAUGCUAGAGACUUUGAAGGUGAAGGGGCAGAAUUGCUACAAAUUACCCCAUAUGAAGAAAGGCUCGUUGAUUAGACAAGAUAGGCUGCCACUAUGUUUGGAUGUUCCACAACAACUUGUGAGUGAAAGCAUAGCACAUUUGGAAGAAAAAGGUGAAGUUGAAGGCAUUGAAGAACUUAAACAGAGAUUGGGAAUUCAUGAAGCAACAUUAGAUGGCAUUGAAUCACAGUUCAAUGCCCUAAUGUUACUUGACUAA